AUGGGGACGCUGAGCGCGAUGGUGGCGAGCGUGGGGUUGGAUGCGAGCGUGGCGCGCGCGUUGGAGAGCGUCGUGAGCGGGACGCCGAGCGCGAGCGCGCGGGCGCCGGGGACGUCGGCGAGUCUGCUGCCAGAGGUUUCGAUGAAAGACUUUGAGGGGUAUCUACGACGAACGCGGGAGCGCUACGCGGAGUUCGUGGAGCAGCGAGCGUACGCGGCGGCGGCGCGAGCGACGCCGGAGGAGCGGAGCGAGGCGCGGUUGCGGCGGUACGAAUUAGAAGAGGGCGUGAGUGAAUUAAGCAGCGUGCCGGACUUGUUCUUCGACGAGACGUUUGAUUUGAGUCGACCGGAGACGUUUGCACGGGCGUGUGCGGGAUUAGAGGAUCAGAGCUUGCGGAAUCUAGCGCGCGCUUCCAUGGAUGCGCAGGAACAUUUAAGCGCACACUUGGAUACGAUCGAGCAGCAUUUGAUUCGAGAGAUCAUCGCGAAGAGCGAUGAGUUCUUUGAUGCGCUCAAGGAACUGCGCGAUCUUCACGACUCGAUGACGGAGACCCAAAUCACGGUUGGUUCGAUGCGUCAAACCGUCAGGAACAUUGGCGAACACUUGGUCAAGCCGGGGCAGCUCAUGAUAGACUUGAACGACAAGCGGGACAAAAUGCAAGGAUUGACUGAAAAAUUUGCAUCCAUCGCCGCGCUUCAACAAAUGCGUUUGGAUAUGGACGUUUUCGUUGAGAGUACGGAUUAUCCAGGCGCGCUGCAAAUCGCAGAGGAUAUUAGGAAAACUUUGGCGGAUGACAGAGUGCUCGCCGAGUUGUCGUGUUUCAGAAAGCUUCCAGAGCACAUCGAACGGACGGUCAGUAAAGUGCGAAACGUCAUGAUUAGUGAUUUCGUAGCGGGUGCAAGCCUACCGAGGGACGCCAAGGCUGUCGUCUCCCCGAAAACACUCGAACAUCUGUCAAAGGUUGCCGCGGCGAACGGAUUGAAACCGCCGGCUGCGAAUUUCAACGAAGCGCCCCAGUUUGGCGAUAAGAGAGGAAACGUGCUCGACACUACGAUUCCACCUUUUAUCGCACUGUUAUUUUCCGGAAGUUCCUUUGUUUGCGAUGCACUCGAGGCGUGGUCGUCUGCUAUGUCGGAAGACGUGCGCCAAAUCGAGCACGUCGCCGUAGACGUGAUGCUCAGUCGAGUCACGGGGGAGCGAGUCAAGAGCUCGACGACGUGCAUGGAAGAAGGCGUGUUUGACUCCGCGUACGCGAAUGCUAUUCGAAAGUUACCCGGUGAGGUCUUUGUGGAGAUGCUCGUGGCGUUGACAGAGACGUUCAACGCGUACUUUGAACGGGCCAACCAAAUCAAACUCGUAAUUCGUGGCGUCAUCGGUAACGAUGAAGAGGCUUUAACGCAGCUUCGUUCGAUCGAUGAAAAUUUAAUAUUGGCCGCGCACGAAGCCGCGACAAACUUUGAUUACGUGUGCUCGCAGACCGCUUUGGCGACGUCUAAUGAGGCUUUGAAUAAAGUCAUAGACAUCGCACAAGGACGAUUUGCGAAAAUUCUUGGCAUUCGAGCUCCCAUGAACAUCAACUUGAGCGCUCGAGAGUUCAUGCGAAUCAUGGAUGCGACGAACGGAUUCUUAGACUUGGCCGAAUCGCUUGGCAAGCAUCGCUGUCUCAGCCUUCGUUCAACGGUUGCAAAUCAAAGCAAAGCGUUCAUCCGCGAGCAACACGCCACGGCUUCAACAAAGCUCGUAUCUUUGCUAGAAUGUGAGACGUGGGCGCUCGCAAAGUUACCAAAACACUUUCAAGCACUCGUAGACGCAUUAGCAGAUGGUACGAGUAAGCUUCCAGAUGUCAUGAGCGAAGAUGUAGGCGAUGCAUCGUUCGUCGUCGUGGCGGAUGAAAAAUUUCACCCAGUGAAUAGCGCCGUGCUACUUCUGCAAAUGUUGACCGACUACGUGCGCCUUGCGCGCCAGAUUCCGUCUCUCUCCACGGAAGUGACGCAUCGAACGAUAGAUCUCGUGAAGCAGUACAAUACGGCCGUGUGUCAACUCAUUCUGGGUGCGGGCGCGAUGCAAGUGUCCAAGCUGAAAUCCAUCACUGCGAAACAUUUAUGUUUGGCGCAGCAGAGCGUUUCGCUCUUCGCAUCUCUUCUUCCAACCUUGCAAGAAGCCAUGUGCGCUCUAAUCGAAGGCCCAAAACACGUCCUUCUUCGUCAAGAGUUCGAGCGGAUGCUGCGAGAUUUGAAGCUGCACAAGAGUGAAAUUCACGACAAGCUCGUGAGCAUCAUGCGCGAUCGAGUGGAGUUCCAUUUGCACCGCUUGGCCUCAAUCGUCGAGUCUCUGCGCGACGAAGGCAACGUAAAGCAAGUCGAUGGAGCAAGCGAUUUCGCGAUUUCGUUAACGAAAGAGAUGGGAACUUUGCGACGCGUCAUAUGUGAAUUAUUAUCUGAAGACGACAGACGAGACGUUCUUGGCCGCGUACGCGACGAAGCCGUCGCGUCGAUCGUUUCGCGAGUUCAGUCUUUGGAAUCGGGAGACAAUUUGCGAAUUAUCGCGCAGCUGAGUGUUGACUUAGACGUUUGCGCCGAUUCCAUGAAGGAGAUGCCGGUAUCAGGCGCCGAUGCGUCUGAAGACGCGCUUGCGUCGCUCGCGAGCGCAUUUCGAUUAAAAGUACCCCCGCCCGUCGUGAAUGAACCGGCAGACGACGUCUCCGCGCGAGAAAAAGAACAAGUAGGGCAAAACAAAGCAGCGGACGAUAAACCUAGCACCGAUUAG